UCGCGCUUCCCCGUGCUCUGCUCUGCUCUGCUCGUCCCACGGCCCGUCUUGUUGCCCUACUACGACACCGCCCAACGCCAUCCCUGCCUCCUCCUCCUCGUGCCGUCCUCUCCUCCCUCUCGUGUAGCCGUCGUACCUGCCGAUGGCCGUGCAGGCGCAGCACCUCGCCCACGCCUUCCCCCAUGACUCCCGCGCCAUCAGGCCAGCGCUGGACGACGCGACGAGCGCGCCGGUGUUCCUCGCCGAGCCCGGCAGCGGCCAUCUGCUGGCCGCCGCGCUGCAGCAGCAGGCUGCGGCUGUGGGCGGCAACACGGUGUUCAGCGAUCCGCGCAGCGAGCUCACCUGCUACAACAACAACAACAACAACAAUCACGAUAGCGGUUGCUUCGUGCCGAGGAAGCGCGCGCGUAUUGGCGACGUGGUGGGCGCCAGCGGCUUGAUCAUGGAAGGGCACCGCGCGCUGCCCGUACUGGUGCCGCAGGCGUUCGCACCAGCGGACGACGUGCGGAGCCGGGUUCUCUGCUCGGGCGCCGCGUCCACCAGCGGACGCCCGGCCGGCGCCGCGCCUGUGUCGCACGGCAUCCUGUUGCAUCUCUACCGCCACAGUGUCGAGAUCGACGCGUUCAUUCGUAUCGAGAAUGAGAGGCUGAGGGCGGGUCUGGAGGAGGCGCGGCGCCGGCACGUGCGGGCCGUGGUGUCGGCAGUGGAGCGCGCGGCCGCGCAGCGCCUGCGGGCGGCAGAGGCUGACCUGGAGCGUGCGCUGGCGCGCAACGCGGAGCUCGACGAGAAGCUCCGGGAGAUGGCCGCCGAGGGACAGGCGUGGCAGGGCAUCGCCAGCAGCCACGAGGCCACCGCCGCCGGCCUCCGCGCCACGCUCGACCAGCUCCUGCGAACGCCGUGCGCCGGCGCCGAGGGCAAGGCCGAGGCCGAGGACGCGGAGUCGUGCUGCUUCGAGCAGGAGCGCGGCGCCGACCGGGACUGGCGGGCCGCAACGAGGGCGUGCAAGGCUUGCGGCGAGGCGGACGCAUGCGUGCUGCUGCUGCCGUGCCGGCACCUGUGCCUGUGUGGUGGGUGCGAGGCGGCCGUGGACGCGUGCCCCAUGUGCGCGGCCACCAAGAACGCAUCGCUCCACGUCCUCCUCUCCUGAGUCCUGACCCGAUCGUCGCAGCAGGCCAACGUAUAGAUUCGGCGGAUCGUGCAUUCCAAGGUCGUGUCCAGAAAAAUAGCACUUUUUCCUCUUAUUUUUCUUGUGUUCUGUUUUUGUAUGGGCUCUCUCCGAAGAGAAUCAAUUUAGGGUUCUUUCGAUGGUAACGGAUUGUAUGAGUGGAUUUGUUGAAACGGUGAAUAGAUUUCUGAAACUUAUUCCUUGG